CUUCUAUUUUACGGCGGGUUGCCAAGCAGAAAUCGAAAGCCGGUUCGGCAACGCUUUUUAAAUUGCGGGCUCUUGCUAAACGGCGCCCGCUUAUGACGUCUGCAAAACACAGACGGCUAACGAAAGAACGCGACCAUUUGAAGACAGGUCGAACCGGUAGCUGCUAUGAAGGAAACGCCACUCUCUAAUUGUGAGAAACGGUUCCUGCUCCGGGCUAUCGAGGAAAGGAAGCGUCUGGAUGGGCGACAGUGCUACGAUUACAGAAACCUCCGCAUUUCUUUUGGUGUUGACUAUGGCUGCUGUAUUGUGGAGCUCGGAAAAACAAGAGUUCUUGGGCAAGUGUCAUGUGAACUUGUCUCCCCAAAGCCAAAUCGUGCAACAGAAGGCAUACUUUUCUUUAAUCUAGAGUUGUCACCGAUGGCAUCACCGGCUUUUGAACCUGGAAGGCAAUCUGAAUUGCUUGUAAAACUGAAUCGGCUAUUAGAAAGAUGCCUAAGGAACUCCAAAUGUGUAGAUACUGAAUCUCUUUGUGUUGUUGCUGGUGAAAAGGUAUGGCAAAUUCGUGUGGACCUGCAUUUGCUGAAUCAUAAUGGAAACAUUAUUGAUGCUGCAAGUAUAGCAGCAAUAGUGGCACUCUGCCACUUUCGGAGACCUGAUGUGUCAGUACAGGGCGAAGAAGUAACAUUGUAUACACCUGAAGAAAGGGAUCCUGUCCCUCUGAGUAUCCACCACAUGCCGAUUUGUGUAAGCUUUGCUUUUUUCCAGCAAGGGACUUACUUACUAGUAGAUCCCAGUGAACAAGAAGAACGUGUAAUGGAUGGCCUCCUUGUAAUAGCCAUGAACAAACACCGUGAAAUCUGCACCAUUCAAUCCAGUGGUGGAAUUAUGCUAUUAAAAGAACAGGUUUUGAGAUGCAGCAAAAUAACAGGAGUUAAAGUAGCAGAAAUCACUGAACUAAUUCAAAAAGCUUUGGAAAAUGAUCAAAAAGUUAGGAAAGAAGGUGGAAAAUAUGGAUUUGCAGAAUCAAUUCCUAAUGAAAGAAUAACUGCCUUUAAAAUAGAACAAGCCCCAGUCAAUACUAAUGAUGUACAAGAGCAAGCUGAAGAAAUAAUUGCCAAAGCGUUUCCUCCUCCAGAAAUCUUAUCCAAGCCUGUAUUAUGGGCACCAGGGACAGCUCAGAUUGGAGAAGGACUUCAGAAUUCAUGGGCAGAUUUUGAGGAAUCUGAGAUGGAAGAGGAAAAUGAAGAUGGCCAGGAUGAAUCUCUAACAGUAGAAGACCAAAAUAUAGAAAUGGGAGAUGUUCAUAUUGAAGCCAAAAAUCAAAAAGAAGAGGCAAUCGUAUUAUCGGACAGUGAAGAGGAAGAUGUUGUUAUUCUAGAACCUGAAGUAACACCAAAGAACAGAACAAACCAAAAAUCAGAAAACACAAAGAAAAAACCAGCUGGCAAAAAUAAGAAAAAACGAAGAGUUUGUUAAAAGUAAUUAAUCUUAUUUGUGUAUUCUGUUAAACUUUUCAUGCUUAAAAGAAACAUUUGUAUUAUGUAAUUCAUAGGAAUACUGUAUGUGUCUUUGUAUAUAUUUUCUAAUAAACUUUA